CGUAUUCCGGAAGCGGAAGCGGUGGCGCGGUGGCGGCGCGGCCAUGGCGCGGGAGAAGCAGGCGGAGGCGGCGGAGGCGGAGGGAGCUGCCGAGCGCUCCUACCGGGAGCAGCUCGACUACCUGAACCCUAUCGCCCAGCCGCUCGCCUCCCGCAAGCUGACACGUAAGCUCUACAAGUGCAUCAGGAAAGCGGCCAAGCACAAGCAGAUCCGUCGCGGUGUGAAGGAGGUUCAGAAGUUCAUCAACAAGGGGGAGAAGGGGAUCAUGGUGCUGGCCGGCGACACGCUGCCUAUCGAUGUAUACUGCCACAUCCCCAUCAUGUGCGAGGACAGGAGCCUCCCCUACGCAUACGUCCCUUCCAAAGCGGACCUGGGAGCCGCAGCUGGCUCGAAGCGCCCAACCUGCGUCAUCAUGAUCAAGCCCCACGAGGAGUACCAGGAGACCUACGAUGAGUGCCUGGAGGAGGUGGAGGCCCUGCCGCUGCCAUUGUGAAGAGCUGGGGAUGGGAUGUGCCCGUGGGGCAGCAGCAGUGGGGGGUGGGUCUCUUGGCCCCCUGUUUGUGGGGACACUGAUGGGGGGCGGGGGUGCCACGGGGGUGAAUAAAGGUGUUUGUGUAGUUUCUAGAGGCA